AUGGAUCAUUCAUGGCGCCCUAGAAUACCACCAGGUAAUCUCUGUCCAAUCUGCUCAAAUUCACACUUCCCAUUUUGUCCUCCACCUUUCCCAGAUUUCACCAGACCACCCCACAAAUUCCUGCCACCUCCACCACCUCAAUACUCAGAACAAUUCUACCAUCGACCCCCUCCCCCACGACCCCCGCCACUACAGCCGACGAAUGGUCCAUUUGUCGAUCAUCAUGGGGGACCCACAAUGAAGUCUUAUCCUCCACAGCAGCGGAUAUCUAAUGGUAAUUCCAAUUUUAAUGGGGACCCAUAUGGGAAUAUGCAUCCUGGGUAUGAUUUUAAUAAUGGUCAAGUUGGUGUAAAGAGAAUGAGAUCCGAGGAUUCCCGCCUUCAUCCAGGUCCGUAUUCAUUGCGGGUUUUGGCUGAGGAUGAGAGGAGAUUGAAGUUGAUACACGAUCAUGGAGCGUCGAAUCACAAUUUAGGUACAUUUUACGAGGGUGGAUGUAAGAUUUCAGGUAAUAAUUUUGAGAGUGAUUUUCAUGAUCUGGGUGUUGGCCGUUUUGAGAGGAAUGGGGGAGUUUAUAGUGUAGAAAUUGAUUCAAAUAUGAAGCGAAAACGUGCAGAGCAUUUUGAGUAUCAGCAUAGUGAAAAUAAUAAAAACUCAUAUAACCAAACAGGGAGUAAUUUGAUUCAGAGUCGUGCAUAUGGAACUAAUGGUCAUGAGGCUGAUGGUUACAAUGAUGCAUUAUAUAAAGAGCAGAGAAGUUUUCCUCAGGGAGACGCGGAGUUUCACAAUCAGUUUCCAGAGUCGUAUACUAAGCAACAAUAUUUAAUGGAGCCAAAACCUGCCCAUUAUAGUUUAUCAAAUUUGAGUGGAAUGAAUAUGGCUCCCAUACAGGAUUCUCAGGUGUUUAGUGGCCAGCCCCCGCUUCCAAAUUCACCACCGCCACCCCUUCCCAUGGCGCAGCCGGCGCACCAUUUGUCAGGGCGGGUUGUUUCAUUGUCUCCAGCAGGAACAAGCUCUUUGUUUCCACUUCGAGUUGAUUCUGCAGCCUCUUUACAGUCAUCAAACACUGCAGUUUCUGAAGCCAUCUCCUCAGGGGCGAUGUACUAUCCAAAUAAUGCCAAUCUGAAUUCAAGUGGUAAUCCAAACGAGGAAGUUCGUGCAAUGCAGAUGGCUCCAUCCAAGUCAAUUUUAGGAGAAAGAGAACUGUUUCCUCCGCGGCGUCUCUCUUCUGAUGAACCGAAAGUUAUUGAUGCCUCGCACAUUUUGAAGCAUCCACAUCGUGCUACCCGCCCUGAUCAUAUCGUUAUAAUUCUGCGAGGACUUCCAGGUGGCGGAAAGAGCUACUUGGCAAAAAUGCUACGCGAUAUAGAGGUUGAGAAUGGUGGUAGUGCUCCACGGAUCCAUUCCAUGGAUGAUUAUUUCAUGACUGAAGUUGAAAAGGUUGGGGAGAGCGAGGGUUCAAAACCUUCUGGUUCAGUUCGUGGGAAAAAAACAGUCACGAAGGUCAUGGAGUACUGUUACGAACCUGAAAUGGAAGAGGCAUAUCGAUCAAGCAUGUUGAAGGCAUUUAAAAAGACCCUUGAUGAAGGGGUUUUCUCCUUUGUAAUUGUGGAUGACCGCAAUCUGCGGGUAGCUGAUUUUGCUCAGUUUUGGGCAACUGCAAAGAGAUCGGGAUAUGAGGUUUACUUACUAGAAGCCACAUACAGGGACCCAGUGGGCUGUGCUGCGAGGAAUGUGCAUGGUUUCUCCCAUAGUGACAUACAAAAGAUGGCUAAUCAAUGGGAAGAAGCUUCAUCCCUGUAUAUGAAGCUAGACAUCAAGUCGUUACUCCAUGGAUAUGAUUUACAGGAAAAUGGCAUCCAAGAGGUUGACAUGGAUACAGAAGACGUUGAUCACAAUGUUGACCUCUCUGGUUCACAAGAAAGAAGCUUUGAAAAGUUCACAGGUCCUUCUGGAGAAGAUCUUCCUUCUGACUGUCCAUCGAAAGAUGAUCAGAAAUGGGACACUGCGGAAGAUCGUCCUAUGGAGGAAGUCAAAGAAUUGCGAAAGAGUAAGUGGUCAAAUGAUUUGGACGAAGAUUAUGUUAAAAAGACUGAAGUGGCCCGAGGAAAUUUAAAUUCUCUUUCUGGUUUGAUUCAAUCUUACAGUAAGGAAGGUAAAUCUGUGCGUUGGGCCGAUAAGGUUGGCAGCAGUGGAUUUUCAAUAGGGGCAGUGAAAUUGUCAAACACGUUAUCUUUAGUAAUUGGUCCUGGUGCUGGAUACAACUUGAAGUCUAACCCGUUGCCCGACGAAGAUAAGCUGAGUUCCCAGAGAAGUGUCAAAUCAAAGAGGCAAAAUGUAUUCCAAGAACAAUUACGUGCUGAGCGCGAGUCUUUCAGAGCUGUUUUCGACAAGAGGAGACAGCGAAUCGGCAGGCUCGACUUGGAUGAAGAAUGA